AUGUAUUUGAUUAUUGUGGUUGUAAUUAUCGUUCUUCCAAAAACCAUUUCGAUAGAUUUGGAUCUAUGUGACAUAAAUAAAAUUGAAAUUUCAUCAAGAUAUGGUUUAAGUGAAAAUCAUCGACUUUGGAUAAAUGGGAUAGUUCCGAUUGAAUACGAUUCAAAUAUAAUCGACGCUGAUUUAACGAUUAUUAACUCGGUUUUAGAAGAGUUUAGUAAUAAUACGUGUGUAAAAUUUAAACCUAGGGAUGGAGAAAAAGAUCAUGUUCUUAUACGAACAGAGCUGUACGGUUGCCAUUCAAAUUUAGGUCGAAAAGGAGGGGAACAAAUCAUUAAUUUACAAUCGUAUUUGUGCACGGUUUCGAGAGGAGCUGUUCUCCACGAAGUUAUGCAUACUUUAGGAUUUCUUCAUGAACACACCAGACCGGAUAGAGACGAUUGGAUUCAAAUUUUAUGGGACAAUAUUCAAGAAGGAAUGGAAAGUAAUUUUUAUUUAAACGAAGAUGAAUUGACGACAAAUUUGGGAACCCAAUACGAUUAUUAUUCGAUUAUGCAAUACAAUUCUUUUGCUUUUAGUAAACAUCCUUUGUUACCAACUAUAUUACCGACAAAUCCUGGUGUGGUUUUAAAAAAUCAAAAUAAAUUAAGCGACGGCGACGGCUAUUUCCCAUGUCAAUGGAAAUCGACGAAUCCUAUUCUGGUGGAAAAACCAAAUAAAGGUACGGACGGUAGGGCUUCGUUUAAACAGAUUUGUCUGGACGAUACAAUGGCGAAGGUGCGGGAACUGCUAAUAAGGGCACAACUGAAAAAAGAAAUGAAUGAGAAGGACAUGCUGCGCAAAGACCAGUACGGGUUCAGAGAAGGUAGAUCAACUGUAGACGCCAUCAGUAGGGUACAGGGAAUCGUUGACUAUAAAAUCGUGGACACGGUAGAAACCGGCGAAAAAGUUAUCGAAUGGGUAAAAAAUCAAGUGGGAAAUCCCGAAGAACUUGGUAAUUUGUUCGAAGGUGAUAUACUUCUAGGUAAAGAAAAACGGUCAGGGAUCUUAGGCGAUCAUUAUCGUUGGCCAAACGCAGAAAUUCCUUACGAAUUAGCACCAAAUUUUUAUUCGCGUCGUUUUUCCUUCCUCAAAAAAGCAAUGGAAAUAAUAGAAGAUAAAACAUGUAUUAGAUUUCGAAGAAAAACCGAUAACGAUAAAGAUUACUUAUAUAUCACCAGUUAUUAUAACGGUUGUUUUUCUUAUAUUGGAAAACGCGGCGGAUCUCAACAGUUAAAUUUACAACAUCCUGGUUGUUUAUAUUCACUUGGAACUCCGAUUCACGAACUUUUACAUGCAGCAGGAUUUUUGCACGAACAAAGUCGAACCGAUCGUGAUGACUAUGUAAAGAUAAAUUGGGAAAAUAUCGAGGAUGGAAAAAAGGAUAACUUUAAAAAAUACGAUGAUUCGAUUGUAAAUAGCUUCCAGAUAGCUUACGAUUAUGAGUCUGUAUUGCAUUACAGCCAAGAUGCUUUUAGCAAAAAUGGGAAAAACACAAUUGAUAUUAAGGAUAAAAAUGGAAAACGAUACACUUUUGGCCAACGAUCGACUUUAUCCAAAAAAGACGCUGCUAAAGUAAACGCGAUGUAUAAUUGUACCAAAAAAUCUUAA